GGCUCGUGCACGUCAGCAGCAAACCGACAGUCACACACACAAGGCGAGCCAACAUGGAGCCCAACGCGACUAUUCUGCGCGUCAAGAGAAAGCGGGGCACCGACCCCGCGGAUGCCUUGCUGCUGGCCUGCAAGCGUAUCCGACCGGCGGAAACGUCUCAGGUCCCCAGCGAGGCGGCACCGGAGCCCGGCGAGGCGGAGGUGGAGAAGUCGGUGUUCAAACUCGUGGCCACGGUGGCGACACAGGAUGCUCCGGUCCAGACGCAGGUCCGGCAGGCGCUGUCCCGUCCCCGCAUGGCCCACGCCCUGCGCCCCUCCGCCAACAGUUCCCAGCGUAUAUUCGGCGACCUGCGGAGCGCCAAGUGCGGCCUUCGCCGGGAGGAACGCUACAGAAUACUCUCCAGCCACCGUGCCGGUUUGUCGCUCCCGGCGCAGCCCCGUAGCCACCAGACUGGCGACGGUGUGGACGGCGGCGGCGAGAAACGGGACAAGUGUUUAGGUGUGGGGGAAAUCCAGGUGGUUGAUCUGGUACAUGAGGAUCUACCGGAUCAGGACAAAGCUCUCGGCAAGACGCAGUCCCAAGACCCUGACGUGAUUCUCUGCAACAACACAAAGAUGCUGCGAGAGCGUCUCAGCAUCUCCGCCGACACGGCGGCGGCGGUGGCAGAAGAACGCCCAGACCAGGAGGAAGACUACGUGUACGACCUUUACUACCAGGAAAUGGUCACGCCCGGGUGGAUCCAGGACAUCCUGUCCGUCAGCGCCUACGCCGACGAGGGAGAACUGGUGCCCGACCUGGUGACUCAAGAGGAGGAGGUGUAUGAAGAUGAGGAUGAUGGGAAUGAGGAAGGCAACUGGAGGAACGACUACCCCGACGAGGAGAGCGAUGAUGACAGCGACGACGACAGCGACAGAGAGGAACGCUUCGGCGGUUCCUGGGAGGAGGAGCACUCGUACAGCCGCAGGAGCUGGCAGCGCUACCAGAGGGAGGUGCUGCACGAGCUGGGUUGCCACGACGAUAAUGAGGACGACGACGACGCGGACGGGAGCAAAUACGAUUCCAAUUGAUUCCCCGCGUGACCGUCGCCUUCUUGUGACCUGUGUGCAGGCGAGCCGUGAGGACCUUCUCUCGCUUCUGGUGGCACGUCUCUCUCACACACACACACACACACACACUAUGUGCCAUGAUGCAAUCAUUCACGUUCCUGCAGUCAAGCUAACAAGCAUUCCCCCCCACAAAGCGAAAGUGAGAAGGUCUUCAGGCUGCAGACAGGCCACACAGAAUGGACGCCAUUUCUAUUUUUUUAAACAAGCGGUGUGUGUGUGUGUGUGUGUGUGUGUGUGUGUGUGUGUGUGUGUGUGUGUGUGUGUGUGUGUGUGUGUGUGUGUGUGUGUGUGUGUGUGUGUGUGUGUGUGUGUGUGUGUGUUAGACGUGUUGCAGAUAGCGUGAUAGGCCUUGUAUGCUUUUUGUAUUCCUUUGCGUGAGUUGUUAGAAUGUUUUGUGGUCUUUGAGUCACGUGACUGUGUGUGAUUGUCGUGGGGGCCGCCAGUUUUGGGUUGACAACGUUUUCUUUGAAGUUCUUUAUGAUAUAUGUUGGCUAUUUUUUGUAAAUAUGUAGAUGUGUAUAAAAACUGAAAUAAAUGUAAAAGAAGC